UUGGACAGGUAACAUCCACAGUGUCUUCACACAAUUCAGAUAGCUCGAUAUACCUCAACCAACUUGAGUGGUCUUUUCGUGUAUUCCUAAUGAAAAUGGAGUACAAAAUCCUUAUUGCUUGCCUCUUUGGUAUUAUCGUUGAGUGUCAGAAUGUAUCGAUGGAAGAGAUGGUUAAAAUUCCUUGUUCCAACGACUCAAACUGUGUGGAUAUCGUCGAUCCUGGUCAGCUAAAUCCAAAGUGUAAAAAUAAUCUCUGUAUUUGCAGCACGGAUACAACAAAUGCUAAGUGGAAGAAUUGUACUCCCCGAAAUCCCAUCGUUGGUACUGUGCGCAUAGAUAACGGUUUGAACUGCAAUGUUGACGGAGAAUGCCAGAACAAGAUCAAAGGUGCAAUAUGCGACAAGAUGGAAAACAACACUGUGGGUGUGUGCAAAUGCAGCGAAAACUUUACCAUGGAUGGUAGAAAAAAGCAGUGCCUGAAGAUAGCGGACGCUCUGGGGUCCGAGUGUGUGGACAAUAAUCAGUGUGUCCAUGGUCUAGGGGAGUCUACCAAGUGCUCAGAGGGCAGUUGUCGCUGCCGUGAGAACAAUCACCACUACAGCUUGUCCUUGAAAAAUUGCGUUGCCAACAAAGGGCAUGGGGAAAAGUGUAAACCAGAAGGAGAUAACUGCUAUUUGCUGAAUAAAAAUGGAACCAACAACGAUCUCGAGUGUUCGGACGAAGGUGUUUGUACAUGUUCAAGCAAUCGUACUCUCAUCGAUGGUUUGUGUUCAGGAGCUUCUCACGCUUAUUCUCAAAUAAUCAUGCUUUUGGCUUUGGUGCAAUUAUUAGCUUUUUUAUAAGAUAAGAACUGUUUUUUGGCAUCAAAAAUAUGAAUUUCAUGUCAGAUUAUUGUUUUUGUUGAAUAUGUUGAUCUUCAUUAGUCAUAACAUUUAUUGAGUUCUCACUCUUGUUUAUUCCAUGAAUAUUAGGUGUACCAUGUAUUUAAUAUUGAUAGUUGUCAACAGUAUUAAGACUUAUGGCCUUUAGUUUUGUAUGGUUUAUAAGAACUAACCUUAAGUGAAUGAGAUUUAAAGUAAUGUUUUUAAGAGAAAUUUGUAUUUUCCAUCUCCGUGAGAUUUUUUUCAUUAGAUUACUUUCAAACAUCAUAUUAAAGUAUUAAUGUUAGAAGAAUUUAAAAAUAAAAUAAC